UGUAGGCGAAACGUUUCGGAAUAAAGUUGCCUAACUGUUGCCUAUGUGUCUUACCUACCAACCUGUCGGUAUUGUAUACCAUUUUGAUGUUCAUCCCAAGAUUUGACCAUUUUAUGUGUAAAUUAGCAUAACUAUUCUCAUUAAAUAUAUUUCAGUUUACCUCUUCAGAAUGACUUCAUUAUUUAAUGAUUGAUACAUCUUUGUGCAGGCAAAUUUGUUAGUGUAGUGUAAUAUUAAAAAAAUUGGAAUUAUUGAAACCUGUCAUAACUGGCACAGAUUCCAAGAUUCCCAUGUGUCUUUGUAUUAAUCCUAUGUGUUUUGAACUAUUCUUUGAAUACAGUAUAUAUUAAAAAUCUAGUUGCCCACUGUAAGUCUGCAUUGUCUUUUAAAUUAAUUUUCAAAAUUUUAUAUAUUGUAUCUUAAAUUAUAUAUAAAAUGUUGCCAGAAUUAUGGCAAUAUGCUGUACCUGGAGUUUACCUGGAGAGAGUUCCGGGGGCCAACGCCCCCGCGGCCUGGUCUGUGACCAGGCGAUCAAAUUUAUGAUACUAUGUUGCACUACUAUUAAUAUUUUUUUAUUUAUAGAUAUCUCCAGUGCAGUGCAAUGGCAGUGAAUGUUGAUGACGUUUUUAAAGAGAUAGGGGACUUUGGAUCCUAUCAAAAACGUAUCUACUUCCUACUGUGUCUUCCAAUAUUAUUUGUUGGUGCUGGAAGUUUGGCUUACGUAUUCAUCGCUGCAGCUCCAGAAUAUAGAUGUCUGGUACCUAAAUGCGAUAUCAAUAGAACCAACCCAACCUAUAAUGAGAGCUUUAUUUACUUCACUAUUCCAUACCUCAAUGCAUCUGCAAACUAUGAUGAAUGCCAUCGAUAUCAGCGACUAAAUGACAAUGAUUCAUGUUUACCAGAAGACUACAGUAAAAGUAACACCACUGAAUGCCCAGAGGGGAAGGUAUUUGCAGAUGAUGUCUUUGUCUCGACAAUUGUCACAGAAUUUAACCUGACCUGCCACAAUGCAUGGAAAUCCCAGAUGGCUCAGACAGUGUACUUUGCAGGAGUUUUAGUUGGAGCAUUUUCCUUUGGUAUCGUGGCUGACCUGACUGGACGCAGAGUAACAAUAAUGAUUGUAAUCAUUAUUAUGGCGGUUUCUGGAAUAACUAUAGCCCUUGUUCCUGGUCUGACAACAUUCAAUGUUUUACGCUUCAUUAAUGCAAUGGCCACUACUGGUUUAUUUCAGACAAGUUUUGUUUUAGGGAUGGAAUUCGUGGGUCCAAGUAAACGUGUGAUGUGUGGGAUCAUAGGGGAGUAUUUCUUUGCUCUCGGAGAAGUGCUGCUCGGGCUGAUAGCUUGGUGGCUGAAAGACUGGCGGAUGAUACAGCUACUAAUAUCUGCCCCAGUGUCCUGCUUUAUUUUCUACUGGUGGUUUAUUCCUGAAUCUCCACGGUGGCUACAUGCUCAAGGAAAAGAUCGGAAACUUGUAGCUGUUCUGGAGAAGGUUGCAAAAGGAAAUAACAAAACAUUUUCCCCUCUGUUUUGGAAUGACAAUAAUGGGAUUGAAGCUAAUGAUCUACCUGGUGUAAAAACUAUUAAAGUGGUCACACUGCUGGACAUCUUGAAAACUCCUCUCAUGUGUUGCAGAAUGUUCUCCAUGUUUUUCAUAUGGGCUGUCACCACCUUGGUGUAUUAUGGGCUGAGCAUCAACUCGACUAAUCUAAGCUCUAGUAACACACCGGCUACACCAUACUUAAACUUCAUUCUCAGUGCCCUUGUGGAAAUACCAGGAUAUACAUUGGCAUGGAUGAGUAUGAGUCUGUGGGGAAGGAAAGGGUCAUUGACACUCUCUAUGAUAUUAGCAGGCAUUUCCUGUGCUGGUGCAGGGUUCCUUUCCGGUGAGUUUUGCAUAAGUGAAAACGUGCAGAAUGGUAAUUACUUUUAUAGUCUGAAUUUUCCUUGUGUUAUAUAUAAAUACAUCAUCUCUAAUUAUUUAUUUAUUCAUUUAUUUAUUUAUUUAUUUAUUUAUUUAUUUAAUAAUUUGAACAUACAUACAGAGGUACAAAAAAAUACAGGUAAGAGCAGCAUGCCAAAGCCACUUGUAUGCAUAGCAUUAUGGGCUGGCUUAAAAUUAACUUAAGAUUAACUAAGCAAUGAUGUAAUCAGUGAUAAAACAUUAUUGUAAACAGAUAACAUUAAAGCACAAAUGAGUAUUACAAAGACAGGUCAUAUGGUUGCAUGCAUUGCUGUACAUUCAG